AUGCAGCGCUUCGUUAAUCCACUUCUCAAGCACAUAAUUCACAGGGACUACUUUGAUGCCACUUCAAAGAGACAGUGCCUGCAAUACUUAAGAGCUCUGAGGAAACUUCAGCUUAAUGGUUUCAACACCAUAUUUUUAGGAGAAACAGAAAUUCCAGAAAGUCUUAUAACAGGAGAAAAAAAAGACAAGGAGACCAGCCAGCGCUGGCCAGUAUGGACACUUAUUCAUGCUGGCAGUAGCCAAGGGUGGGUGCCCUGGAGGUAUAAGCUGCUAUUAAGAGUUGAUCUGCCUAUCCAAGAGCAGAACGGUGUCUUUAAGGAGUUGUGUGAUACUCUGACCGUCUCCUAUGGAAACUGUGUAAUUGUGGCAAAGGAUAAAUCGCAGCUGACGCAUGUGAGGGGAACAGAGAGCCAGGAGCCAGAAAUGGGAACUCUGCCACCAGUCCCACCAGUGAUCUCCAUGUCUGGCAUUAAGUGUUGCCCUGAAGUUGCUAGAGCAAAUGGCCACGAGCUUCUUGUUGUGCCUUCAUCUUACAGCUAUCUCUAUCCUAUGGAUGUCGCCUGGUCUUCUUUGAAAUGGUUUAUUAUAAACAACAGGCAGGACUUUGCCUUGAGGUCUAUUGAGAGGACCCACUCCUAUAGGUGUAUCCUCUUUAGUGACUUGAUUGUUAAAGGAAUUGAGACUAUGACUCCAAACAAAUGGAAAGCAGUGAUUAACAGGGUGAAGAGAUGGGAGAACUACUACCUUGACACACUUUCUUAA